GCUUGCGUCGCUUGCUGUCUGUUACUGUAAUCUGUGCAUGUGUAUGUAGGUGUCUUACUGUAGCGUCUUCAUUUGUAUGUGGGUGUCUUACUGUAGCGUCUUCAUUUGCAUGUAGAUGUCUUACUGUAGCGUCUUCGUUUGUAUGUGGGUGUCUUACUGUAGCGUCUUCAUUUGUAUGUGGGUGUCUUACUGUAGCGUCUUCAUUUGCAUCGUCUUCAUUUGUAUGUGGGUGUCUUACUGUAGCGUCUUCAUUUGUAUGUGGGUGUCUUACUGUAGCGUCUUCAUUUGUAUGUAGGUGUCUUACUGUAGCGUCUUCAUUUGUAUGUAGAGAUAUAUGUUACUGUAGUCUCUGUAUGUGUAUGUAG